UCUUGUCUUUUUAGAGACAAAACAAGUUAUCAUGUUAGAAUGAUAUAGAGAUGUUGUGAUGGAAAGGUGAGAGACGGUAUUUGUUAUACGAUUGCCUACAUGGAAACUGAAGGGAGAGAAUGAGGAUAUUGGACUGAGUGAUGUCAUGAGUUUCCAGUUCCUCAUUAGGAUUAGUCAGCAACAAGGAAUGAGAGACUGACAGGAGGAGCUGAAGGAGAGAGAGAGAGAGAGGCGGUGCUCAACAGUAUCAGCUGGACUAUAAGCAGCAUUAGAUAAACCCGCGAGUAAAGCCCUGACCUCGGAGCACUGCUAGAAACUUCUGCUGGCACGUGUGGCGGAGAGACUCUGAACGUCUUACGGUGGAAAUCCCAACAGAGGCAGGCAGGUGAUCAUCCGUGGCGCUUCUUCGAAUGUAAUCCGCACAUUCUUCUGAAACUGAGUCAUGCAUCUUAAAACUACAAAGUGCAACAACUUGUGCCUGGUGGCCACAGCGGUGGACCACGAGACGUUCAGUCGGCCACUGAUCCGGGAGCAGUUCGAGGCUUUGUUCCGUGCGUUUGAUCCAGACACGUCGUUCCAGUUCUUCAGGAGCUUCAGACGGGUUCGGAUCAACUUCACCAAUGCUUUAGCGGCAGCCGAGGCCCGAGUCAAACUCCACAAGAGUGACUUCAAUGGAAAGGAGAUGCGUCUGUACUUCGCUCAGUCGGUGCACAUCGGCAGCCCUCGCCUCGAGCCUCCGAAACCCGAGAAGCAGUUCCUGAUCUCCCCGCCAGCGUCGCCCCCUGUCGGCUGGGCUCAAUCACAGGACGCCAUGCCCGUCCUCAACUACGACCUGCUGUGUGCUGUGUCUAAACUAGGACCAGGUGAGCAGUACGAGCUUCACACUGGAACCACCAACACACCCAGCGUCAUCGUACACGUGUGUGAGGACGACAGCUCCGCGGACGAGGAGGAAACGGUAGAGACCGGCAAACGCGACCGACCCAAGAUCAUCCAGACCCGUCGCCCAGACUAUGUGCCGUCCGUUAACCAGUGAGCGGCCCGCUUCAUCUCCACGACCAACACAGGAAUAACUAGGAAACAUGCAGUCAUGCAGUUUGUCAUCCUUACCACCGGGGGCGGUGGCGAGCGUCAAAUCCUCUUCCUAGUUAGCGAGGAAGUCGACCAUCCUCAUAAUCUCGCGUUUCAUUUCUUAACAUCCAUCUCUGAUGGAGUCAGGGACCUGGGAGAGGUUCUCUCGUCUUACGAAUGUCAUUAUUUGCUUGACGUCACAACUGUGUAUUUUAACGAACCGAGAGAAAAGCGAGAUGUGUAGCACAAACAAACGUGUGCGAGGUGUGUAUCAUCCGGGGCCACUAACAUGUACUCGUCGCCAUUAUCACGUAUCGUCUCUGCGUUUAGUCAGUUAAGCACUCGUACAGUCUUUGAAAAGUCAUUAUUAUUGUUGCUGAAGUUCUUUGCGAGCUCCUCCAAGUAUUAUGCACUUUAAAAAUAGAGCCUUAUAAUGUGGUAAACCGACAACAACAUGAAGUACGUGUCUUUCUAUACAGAGCGCAACUGUGAACGCAUACUUUUUCCGCCUUGGUAAAGUGAGUAUUUUUUUUUCUCAUUCAUUUUCUCCAUCAAUCUCACGAUCUGAUCUGAAGCCAAAAGGUAUUUGAACGUUGGUUAAAAAAAAAAAUUGUAUUAAUCGGUGCUCUUAAGUUCUGUUACGAGGGAAUGAGCUACUCUACCCAUGAAUCAGUGUGAAUGUACAGAGAAGGAAGAAAAUAUGAGGUUAGGGGAAAGAUGCUUCUGCGUCAUCUCACAAAUGUUGCGUUCAUAACACAAAAUAACACAAAACGAAUAAAUAAAGUCUUCGAACGCAAAAAAUAUACAUCUCAUAUUUUUUCCAUCACAAUGUUCCUUUAGGAACUUCGUAUGAAUGACAUUAAUGCAUCAAAAUGAAUAAAAUAAAUAAAUAAUCCAGUCAUUAUUAAUAAUAAAAAAAAUCUAUUUAUACAUGCUUCCUGUGGUUUAUAGUAUUCAUAUUAUUUUUACUUUAUUCAUACUUGCAGCCAAUUAUUUAAAGUGAAAUAAAAUAUUGACUAUAACUCAAUGAUUUAUAGUCAAUAAAAAUAAAAUAUUGAAUAUAAAUCAUUGGCUGUAUGCAUAAAUAAAUUAAAAAUAAAAUAAAAUAUUGACUAUAAAUCAUUGGCUGCAUGCAUAAAUAAAUUAAAUAAAAUAUUGACAAUAAAUAAUUGGCUGCAUGCAUAAAUAAAUUAAAAAUAAAAUAUUGACUUUAAAUCAUUGGCUGCAUGCAUAAAUAAAUUAAAAUCAAAUAUUGACAAUAAAUAAUUGGCUGCAUGCAUAAAUAAAUUCAAAAUAAAAUAUUGACUAUAAAUCAUUGGCUGCAUGCCUAAAUAAUUUAAAUAAAAUAUUGACAAUAAAUAAUUGGCUGCAUGCAUAAAUAAAUUAAAAAUAAAAUAUUGACUUUAAAUCAUUGGCUGCAUGCAUGAAUAAAAUAAAAUAAAAUAAAAUAUUGACUAUAAAUAAUUGGCUGCAUGCAUAAAUAAAAUAA